AUGUCGGAAGGAAACGCUGCGGGCGAGUCCAGCACUCCGGCAGGACCCCGGCCCCUCCUCUCCGGGGCCAGGGGGCUUAUCGGGCGGCGGCCAGCGCCCCCCCUUACGGCAGGCCGCCUUCCCUCCAUCCGCUCCAGGGACCUCACCCUCGGGGGAGUCAAGAAGAAAACCUUCACUCCAAAUAUCAUCAGCCGGAAGAUCAAGGAAGAACCCAAGGAAGAAGUAACUGUCAAGAAGGAGAAACGUGAAAGGGAUAGAGACCGACAGCGAGAGGGGCAUGGGCGGGGCCGGGGCCGCCCAGAAGUGAUCCAGUCCCACUCCAUCUUUGAGCAGGGCCCAGCUGAAAUGAUGAAGAAAAAAG